AUGGGCACGCUUCUCCGCCGCGUCCUCCUCUCCCUCGCGCUCCUCGCCGCCGCCGCGGCCCCCGGCGCGGCGGCGGCGGCGGCCAGGCUGUCGACGUCGUACUACAGCCGCAGCUGCCCCCGCGCGGAGCAGAUCGUCUCGGACGUGGUCGCCGCCAAGCAGCAGGCCAACCCGUCCACGGCGGCGGGCACGCUGCGCCUCUUCUUCCACGACUGCUUCGUCUCCGGCUGCGACGCCUCCGUCCUCGUCUCCCCGCUCUCCUCCGACCGGACCCCGGAGCGCGCCGCGGAGAUCAACCUCUCCCUCCCGGGGGACGCCUUCGACGCCGUGGCCCGCGCCAAGGCCGCGCUGGAGGCCGCCUGCCCGGGCACCGUCUCCUGCGCCGACAUCCUCGCGCUGGCCGCGCGCGACCUGGUGGGGAUCCUCGGCGGGCCGCGCUUCCCCGUCCCCCUCGGCCGCCGCGACGCGCGCCGCUCCGACGCGCGCGACGUGGAGGGCAACCUCCCGCGCACCAACAUGUCGGCGCGCGCCAUGACGGUCCUGUUCGCGCGCAAGGGCAUCACGCCGCAGGAGAUGGUGGCGCUGGCGGGCGCCCACACCGUGGGCUUCUCCCACUGCUCCGAGUUCGCGCACCGGGUGUACAACUACAAGGGCAAGGGCGGCGGCGCCAGCGGGCACGACCCGUCGCUGAACCCGGAGUUCGCGCGGGCGCUGCAGAGCUCCUGCGCCGGCUACGAGAGCAACCCGGACAUCUCCAUCUUCAACGACAUCGUGACGCCGCGGGAGUUCGACGAGCUCUACUUCAAGAACCUGCCCCGGGGCCUGGGGCUGCUCGCCUCCGACGCCGCGCUGUGGGAGUACCCGCCCACCAAGGUGUUCGUCCAGCAGUACGCCGACAACCGGACCGCCUUCUUCCAGGACUUCGCCAAGGCCAUGCAGAAGCUCGGCACCGUCGGCGUCAAGACGGGGCGGCAGGGCGUCGUCAGGCGGCAGUGCGACAUCCUCGACUAG